CCGUCAGUCAUACGCUGAAAUAAGCUCUUCUCCGUGUGUUCGAAACAGCGUCAGUGUGAAGCAAGCAAGCAAAGAAGCAGCAAGUAGCGGCGAACCCAGUGAGAGCGAGAGAAGAGAAGAGAAUGGCAGAACCGAAAGUGAAAUACGAUCGCCAACUCAGAAUAUGGGGCGAGCAGGGACAGGCAGCCCUUGAGAAAUCUAGUAUUUGUUUACUUAACUGUGGUCCUACUGGUUCUGAAACACUUAAGAACCUUGUUCUUGGUGGGGUUGGAAGCAUCACGGUAGUCGACGGGUCCAAAGUUGAAGUGGGUGACCUCGGAAACAAUUUUUUGGUGGAUGAAUCAAGCCUUGGGCAGUCAAAGGCAAAAUGUGUAUGCUCAUUUCUUCAAGAGCUGAACGAUGCAGUUAAAGCAAAAUUUGUAGAAGAGUAUCCAGAAACAUUGAUUGAGACAAAUCCAUCAUUCUUUUCUCAAUUUACUUUGGUUAUUGCCACUCAGCUGGUGGAAAAUUCAACAAUAAAACUUGACCAAAUCUGUAGGGAGGCGAAUGUUAUGUUGAUCUUUGCCCGCUCCUAUGGUCUUACAGGGUUUGUUCGAAUUAGUUUGAAGGAACAUACUGUUAUUGAAUCAAAGCCUGAUCAUUUCUUGGAUGAUCUCCGGUUAAAUAAUCCUUGGCCUGAACUCAAGAGGUUUGCAGAGGGCUUUGACUUGAAUCUGCAAGAUCCUGUUGCUCAUAAGCACAUACCAUAUGUUGUCAUUCUCGUCAAGAUGGCUGAUGAGUGGGCCAAAAGCCAUGGUGGUAGGCUUCCAUCGACCAGAGAAGAAAAAAAAGAAUUCAAGGAGCUUCUUAAGGCUGGGAUGGUUGCACAAGAUGAAGAUAAUUAUAAAGAAGCUAUUGAGUCCUCAUUCAAAGUAUUUGCUCCCCGAGGAAUUAGUUUGGAGUUACAGCAGAUACUAAAUGAUAGUUCUGCUGAAGUGGACUCUAAUUCAUCAGACUUUUGGGUGAUGGUGGCAGCUCUAAAGGACUUCAUUACAAAUGAGGGUGGUGGGGAGACACCUCUUGAAGGAUCUAUACCAGAUAUGACUUCUUCUACUGAGCAAUAUGUGAAUUUGCAAAAUAUCUAUCAGGCUAAGUCCGAGGCUGACUUUCUUGUAAUAGAACGACUGGUGAAAAGCACCUUGAAGAAAAUUGGUAGAGAUUCAAAUAGCAUUCCAAGGGCAACAAUUAAAAGCUUUUGCAAAAAUGCAAGAAAACUCAAAGUUUGCAGGUACCGUUUGAUUGAAGAUGAGUUUAAUUUUCCAAACCUGUCGGAGUUACAGAAGUACCUAACUGAUGAAGAUUACAGCAUUGCUGUGGGAAUUUAUAUUUUGCUUCGUGCGGUUGAUCGGUUUGCUGCUAAUUACAACAGUUUUCCUGGACAGUUUGACAGCGCAAUGGAUGAGGAUAUAUCUCGAUUAAAGAGCACAGCAAUUGGCCUACUUAAUGACUUGGGAUGCAAUGGUGCCACAUUGGCUGAGGACCUUAUCAAUGAGAUGUGUCGAUUUGGUGCUGCGGAGCUUCAUGCUGUUGCUGCUUUGGUUGGAGGAAUUGCUUCACAAGAAGUGAUCAAGCUCAUAACAAGGCAAUUUGUACCAAUGUCCGGAACCUUCAUAUUCAACGGCAUUGACCACAAAUCACAGAUAUUGUCACUGUAAUUGUUUUCACUGUGGGUUCUAUUGGAAGAUCGUCGAUUUGCUGGAGUGAGCUAUCAUUAACUAUGGCUUCCUUGUAUCUUGUAGUGCGCAUUUUUGAAGCAUUUCUGAUCGUUAAGCAGUACUAGUACAUUCUUCCUUGUAUGGAAGUUUUGUAACUACGGAUGUCAUGUCAGACAGCGGAUUGAGGAUUAGAAUAGAUAUUACAAAACUGAAGAGACUACUUUGUUUUAUGAAUACUUUUUUACCUAUGUUGUACAUUAAGAUCUCUUAGCUGCAGCGAUCAAUGUAAUCUCAGGGAAAUCAUAUUAUCAUAUAGCACUAUAAUUUAGUAAUGAUCCAUUGAAUAGUAAA